AUGUAUAGGGGGGUAGAUCCUCUAGUGGUUGGACGUGUGAUAUCAGAUGUUUUGGACCCCUUCAACAGGUCCAUACGCCUUAGAGUUAUCCAUGGCAACAGAGACGUGAUUAAUGGUUGUGAGUUUAGACCCUCUCAGGUUGUUAGCCAGCCUAGGGUUGAGAUUGGAGGUGAUGAUUUUCGUAGCUUCUAUACUCUGGUGAUGGUAGACCCUGAUGCUCCAAGUCCCAGUAAUCCAAACCUUCGGGAAUAUUUGCACUGGUUGGUCACUGAUAUUCCAGCCACCACAGGAGCAUCAUUCGGCCAAGAAAUUGUGUGCUAUGAGAGUCCACGGCCAUCAAUGGGAAUCCACCGCUUCGUCUUUGCGCUUUUCCGACAGCUUGGACGGCAGACAGUCUAUGCUCCGGGGUGGCGCCAGAACUUCAGCACCAGGGACUUUGCUGAACUUUACAAUUUAGGUUCGCCUGUUGCAGCAAUUUACUACAAUUGCCAGAGGGAAGGUGGAUCUGGAGGCAGAAGAUCAUCAUGA